UGGGGCGGUGCAACUGCGCCGGGCGGUGCAAGCUGGCGGAACCCGCGUGAGCGAGGUCGGGUUGCAAAGGGAACUAGUCCCGCGCAGGACGUGGGGCUUUUGUUGUCCAGCUGGUUCCGGCUGAGGAAGAUGGCGGUAGCUGGGGCGGUGUCCCGGGAGCCGCUGGUGCUCUGGUGCACCCAGCAGUUGAGGAAAACUUUCGGCCUGGAUGUCAGCGAGGAGAUCGUGCAGUAUGUUUUGUCGAUUGAGAGUGCUGAAGAAAUACGAGAAUAUGUGACGGACCUCCUCCAGGGAAAUGAAGGCAAAAAAGGUCAAUUCAUAGAAAAUCUUAUAACCAAAUGGCAAAAGAAUGAUCAGGAGUUGCUUUCUGAUCCUUUGCAGCAAUGUUUUAAAAAAGAUGAAAGUUUUGAUAUGCAUAAAUCAGGAGACCAGCUAAAGCGUGGUAGGCGGAAAGGAAGAAAUAAACAGGAAGUUCCUGCAUUUGCUGAACAUGACACAACUAUAGAGGUCAAAACACCUUUUGAUUUGGCCAAGGCACAAGAGAACAGUAGCUCUGUAAAGAAGAAGACAAAAUUUGUCAAUUUAUACACAAGAGAGGGACAGGACAAGCUUGCAGUCCUACUUCCUGGUCGCCACCCUUGUGACUGCCUGGGCCAGAAGCAUAAGCUCAUCAAUAACUGUCUCAUCUGUGGGCGGAUCGUCUGUGAACAAGAGGGUUCCGGCCCCUGCUUAUUCUGUGGAUCUCUGGUAUGUACACAUGAAGAACAGGAUAUUUUACAGCGUGACUCAAACAAAAGCCAGAAAUUGCUGAAGAAGCUCAUGUCAGGGAUGGAGAAUUCUGGAAAGGUAGACAUCUCUACCAAGGACCUUCUUCCUCAUCAAGAAUCUCGAAUUAAGUCUGGUCUGGAGAAGGCUAUCAAGCAUAAAGAUAAACUGUUAGAGUUUGACAGAACUAGUAUUCGAAGGACCCAGGUCAUUGAUGAUGAGUCAGAUUACUUUGCCAGUGAUUCUAACCAGUGGUUGUCCAAAAUUGAGCGGGAAACUUUGCAGAAGCGAGAAGAGGAGCUGAGAGAACUUCGACAUGCCUCUCGACUUUCUAAGAAGGUCACUAUUGACUUUGCUGGCCGGAAAAUCCUAGAAGAAGAAAAUCCAUUAGCAGAAUAUCACAGUAGAUUAGAUGAGACAAUACAGGCCAUUGCCAAUGGAACCUUGAACCAGCCACUGGACAAAAUGGAUAGAUCUUCUGAAGAGCCUUUGGGAGUUCUGGUAAAUCCCAACCUGUACCAGUCCCCUCCCAAGUGGGUAGACCACACAGGUGCAGUCUCACAGAAGAAGGCUUUCCAUUCAGCAGGAUUGGGACUUGAGUUCAAUUUAUAUCAGCACCAGUUGCGAAUCCAGGAUCAAGAAUUCCAGGAAGGCUUUGAUGGUGGCUGGUGCCUAUCUAUUCACCAACCCUGGGCUUCUCUGCUUGUCAGAGGGAUUAAAAGGGUGGAGGGCAGAUCCUGGUAUACUCCCCACAGAGGACGUCUUUGGAUAGCAGCCACAGGCAAAAAACCCUCCCCUCAAGAAGUCUCAGAACUCCAGGCUACAUAUCGACUUCUCCGUGGGAAAGAUGUGGAAUUUCCCAAUGACUAUCCAUCAGGUUGUCUUCUGGGCUGUGUGGAUCUAGUUGAUUGCUUGUCCCAGAAGCAAUUUAAAGAGCAGUUUCCAGACGUCAGUCAAGAAUCUGAUUCUCCAUUUGUUUUCAUCUGCAAAAAUCCCCAGGAAAUGAUUGUGAAGUUUCCUAUUAAAGGAAAUCCAAAAAUCUGGAAACUGGAUUCCAAGAUCCAUCAAGGAGCAAAGAAGGGGUUAAUGAAGCAGAAUAAAGCUGUCUGACCCAGGAAAAAAGGAACUAUACAGCAUAGUGGAGUUUUGUGUACUAAAUUUGCUAUCCACUGAUCCUUUGGAAUUGAAGCAGUAGAAAUCUAAAGACUUGGUGUCAGGCUUGAAUCUCUCAGAAUUUAAACUCUUAAUGAAAUCUGUAUAUUUUUCUUAAAGAAUUGGGAUUCUUACUUUAUGUAGUGGGUCAAAAUCUUUGAAUACACUAUUUAUAAAAAUUUAUUUAAAAAAAUUCUA